UUGGGGCGAAUUUUUAGAAAGGCGGUGGCAUGGUACGCUUGGUCUGCUUUGGCGCCGGCGAGGAUGGAUGGGUGCGUCGGGCGACCUGCCCGCAUGGCGUCGCGCUGGCGCCGACCAGCGCCGGCUGGACACUGCUCGUGCCAUCGACCGUGCCACCUCUGUGCCACGUCGACGCAUGCACCAAUGGCUGCGAUCCAACCAACCCAGCGUCGUGGCCUCGACCGGCUCGCAGUGUGGCUUGCGCGCAGAGGCCAGAUAGCGCCAUCACGCUUGCCGCCGCCACCGACGGUACCAUCGUGGGUAUCAUGCCAACAACGUCUUCUAUCCUGCGCCAGCUGGCUGCGACCGACGCGCCGCUGUCGUCGUCGCCCGUGGUGCUGGUCGCCGUUGCCGUCGUCGCCGUCACGAUCCUCGCCGUCGUCGCGGUUGUCGGGUCUCGCUGCGACCGGCGGCCGUGCCGGAAGCCCCGGCCCGACGUCGUCGUCGUCGUCGUCGGGUCGCCGACGGCGCCUGCCUCGUGGUUCCACUUGUACCAAAACGACACUGGGUUGCCGCAUUCAAUUCUCACGGACGACGACUGCACGACCAUGAUCCUGCGCUCGAGCCGCCCGUCGCCCAAAGACCACAUGGGCCCUGGGAGCUAUGCCAUGGACGAGCAGUCGAUCUCGGACGUCUCGAUCGCGUCCGUGCACGGCUGGCAGACGCCGGACGGCAGCAGCAACAGCUACGCGACCGUCGACGCCUCGUUCCUCUCGCUGUCGCACGCGCUCGACGACGAGUAUGACGACGACGCUCGCGCCAGUCGCUUAAGCGAACGAUAA